UGUCUUAUACGAUAUCUGGAGCAUGUUUGUCAUCUCUAGUCACUGAAGGACUGUCAAAAAAGCACCGUUACUUUCGCCGCCAUGUUUCUUACUUAAAGUUCAAUUGUUUAGCAUUAACUUUUAAAAUACUCAAUACUAUCAUUUAUGUGCAUUUAUGUGGUAGAUACGAUGAACUUAAAUUUGUAUGAGGGCAACGUCCUAAAUUCCUGCUGGAGAGCGGGAUGUCGCAAAAUGCAGAAAUCGGCGUUUGCCCAACUCGAUCGUAAUGAGAUCGCAGAUGUGGAUGUACUCGCCUGCUGCAAGCAAAUCACCGAACUAAUUGAGAAAAAUACAUUAAAAACACAAUCAGAUGUUUUGGCUAAGAGAAACAGACAAAAUGUUAUUUUUAAGGACAUUUCCCGGUUGUUUUUCGGCGUUACGGAUAUUUUUAGAUGCCAGGUGGAUCUACUUUUGGGGGAUACGAAACUAUUACUUGAUCAAUGUACACGAACCAACUUGGAUUACGUUCUCACCACCACCAAAUCGGUAGUGGUCAACAAAUCUGAGACUCGAAUCCAACGCAAACGAAAGCGGAUAAUCACCAAAAAAUCUAAAAUAACAGCUUCAAAACGUGCCAGACUGCAGGAAUCGGAACUGUUGGAUGAAAUCGCACAGGACUACUUCGAAAAGAUGCUAUCUGAAUGCCAAAUGUGGCAAGUGGAGAGUACGCAACAGGUGGUGGAGGACUUGGACGAGUCUAUUGAACUGCCCCGAAACUGCACGCACUCGGAAUCGUAUCAUUCUAUUACAAUCACCGAAGAGAUAGAACUUCUCGAGGAUCAUAGCGUUAUUAUGCCAUCAAAUGGUUUUGGCGAAGCCGAUGGAGCGGACUUAACCAUUUUUCAAGAGCUUUACCCCAGCGACGCCACAAGAAACUCCUUAAAGCGUCACUCAAAAACUCAAGAUUCAACUGACAUCUUACCAGAUAAAAUGCCCAGAUUGGAUGAUUCGCAAAUUUUCCAAGCUGACAAUGCUAUCAUGACCCAAAUCUUUCCGUAUAACAUUGAACCAGCUGAAGUAACUCAAAUAGUUUGUGAACCGUCGUUGCCCUCAGUUUUGAACUCCUUUGUAGAAAUAAAAUUUAGCCAGCCCAUGAAUCGGAAAAGAAAGCUAAUAGUAGACAAACAUAUUGAAUAUACUCGGGAGCAGCUGGUGAAGCAUAGACAGAAAUAUAUGGAAGAUUACAUUUCAAGGGAAGUGAAAGUGCCCAAACUGUCGAAUCUACCGAAACACCCAAAUGAACUUCUCUGUAAACUAAAUAAUAAUGUAACUUUUUCAGCUCUUCAUAACCACUCCGUCCCCAAGCUCAGUAAAGAAGAAAUGGAAUACGAGGCUGAAAACACACUGAGAACAAUAUUUGGCGGUGAAUUUACUGAAAAUCUUUACAAGGAGAUAUUUGUACGACCAUCUCAGGAUAAAAAAUGUGGGGAUAAAGAGGCAUAUAUAUAUCAGCCAGGACCAGUUGGAGUGGAAGACAUUUUGCAACCUCAACUGCAGCAGCCUGUUAAAAAUUUCAUAAUUCAUUCAAACCAAAUGUAUGAGCACGGCAUAUACUGUGAGAAUAAUCAUGAUGAUGCCUACAGCGUAAUGAUGAUCCUCUUAAACAUUUGGCGUAAUAAUCCGAAAAUCACGGGUAUCGAUGCCUGUGAUUUUAUAAAAACGUUCGAGGGUCGCAUUAAGGCCUCGUUAGCCUUUUUCCAUUUGUUGUAUCUCUUUCGAGACCGUUUUAUAGAAAUAUCUAAGCGAGCUAAUUCUCUUGAAAUGGACCAAAUUACUCUUGGCAAAGAGUCCGCUAAGUUAAUAGAUAAUCUGCCGCUAAAUGAGACUUUCUGAAUACUUUUAGAUAAU